GGUUGAGAUCUAGCAGUGGCAGCGCCAGUAUGAGAGACGGGCAUUGAAAUUGAAACAACAUAACAGACCUAAUCAAUCAGUCAUACGAAUUUCCAGAAUACAAAUUCACACUCUCUUUGGCUCUGGUGUUGUGUUGUGUUGAGGUACUUGAGAAGAGAAAAUGGUGUCGUCGCAGGUUGUGAAUACGUACCCGUUGUCGAGCUACACGUUCGGCACGAAGGAGCCCAAGAUGGAGAAGGAUACCUCCGUCGCGGAUCGUCUCGCUCGCAUGAAAGUCAACUAUAUGAAGGAGGGAAUGAGGACCAGUGUGGAAGGAAUUUUACUGGUACAAGAGCACAAUCAUCCUCAUAUACUUCUUCUGCAAAUUGGAAACACAUUCUGCAAACUCCCAGGUGGUCGUCUCAAACCAGGAGAGAAUGAAAAUGAGGGCUUGAAGAGAAAGUUGACUAGCAAGCUUGGUGCUAAUUCACCAGCUCUUGUGCCUGACUGGCAGAUAGGUGAGUGUGUAGCAAUCUGGUGGAGGCCAAAUUUUGAAACCAUAAUGUAUCCAUACUGCCCUCCUCAUAUAACAAAACCCAAGGAGUGCAAAAAGCUUUUCCUUGUUCAUUUAUCUGAGAGGGAAUACUUUGCAGUGCCCAAAAAUUUAAAACUACUAGCUGUUCCAUUGUUUGAACUCUAUGACAAUGUUCAGAGAUACGGGCCAGUUAUAUCCACCAUUCCUCAGCAGCUAUCCAGAUUCCAGUUUAAAAUGAUCACUAAUUGAACAUAAAUUUGAAGCUUACAUGCUGAUAAUUACUACUUUCAUUUGUAAUUUUCGUAACUAGGAAUUAUCAUUGCAUAGACUGGCUAGAAAACUGAGUUUUGAAGUGAGUUGCUGAGUAGAGUAGUUAUGUUGUGACAUGGUUUGUCUGUAUUUCAUUCAUUGUACUGUGGGUUGAUGUCGGUUAUCAACAAUCAACCCAAGAGGGAAUCAAGUAAUCAACUAGUAGGCUAUAUGCAUCUAAUGCCUAGUAGAAAUGAAGGUGAUCAGGUAGUGUUUGAUCUCAUGUCUGUUGCUUCUGCCCUGCUCAGGUUGCCAAUAUUACAAUAGGAAAGGGUAAAGGAAUGGGCAUUGGUUUUCAUUACUAGUUUUUCUGGUGAAAGGCAUUGAAUGGAAAAAAUUAUACAUUUGAAAUUCAAA